AUGGAGCAAAUCAAAGCUACCAACGCACUGGCCCCCUUCCUUGCCCUCACCAAAACCGCCAACUCCCCGCGUGCAGCAGCCAACCUGAUCGAGUCUGCCACCAGCGCACCCAACACCUUCAUCUUCGCUGAGCUGCUCCAGGCCCCGAACAUCCAAGCCCUGUCUUCCUCCCCAGAUCACGCCCCUUCCCUUGCCCUCCUCAAGAUCUUCAGUUAUGGCACGUACGCCGACUACCUCAUUUCUCAGACCACCCCACCGCUCCCCAAGCUGAACGCAGCACAGACACAGAAACUGCGCCAGCUCUCCUUCCUCACGCUCGCGAAGAACCAAUCCGACCUGUCCUACAAGAAUCUACUGCUAGCAUUGGGCCUAGAGACUCCCAGAGAGCUGGAGGAUCUGGUCAUCUCAGCCAUCUACGCUGGCCUCAUCUCCGCUACGCUCGACCCAUACCACCAGAAUGUAGCAGUCUCGUCCGUAUCCCCUCUCAGAGAUCUGCAGCCCAACUCCGUGCCAGCUAUGCUCAGCACGCUCAACGAAUGGUCCGCUCGCUGCGUGUCGACGCUCGCCGACCUCGAGAAGCAGAUCGCCAGCAUCAAAGCCGAGGCCCUGAAGCGCCACAAGGAGGACGCGGAGUGGCAAACUACGCUGGAGAAGCUGAUGGAUGGCAAACUUGAGGAGAAGAAGGGUCAGGCGACGAGUUUCGACGAGGGUGAGAAGGGAGUCAAGGGCAGCAUUUUUCAAACGACGGGGAGGAAAUUUGGGGGCUUGACGAGUAAGCGAGGAAACGACGGAUUGGGAGGCAACGGCGGAGACGAUAGCAUGGAUGUUGACUCUGAUGAGAACGAGGAGAAGAGUUCGAGGGCAUCGAAGAAGAGGGGCUUCGGUUUGGGUGGUUUGGGUGGCAAGAAAUAG